UCAGGGGCUGCCAACAUGGAUGAAGACGUAACCUAUAAUAAAGUUGAGGAUGUGGUUGGAAGUCAUGUAGAAGAUGCAGUCACAUUUUGGGCCCAGAGUAUCAAUAGAAAUCGCGAUAUUGUGAAGAUAGGUUGUGCUCUAGCUGAAGUUUGCCCCCAGUCCAAUUCAGUUUUUGGGAAUCCUGACCUGAACAAGAUUUAUGCUGGAUUGUUUUCUGAAGAUAAAUGCUGGUACAGAUGUAAAGUUCAGAAAGUCAUCAGCGAUGAAAAGUGUCUGGUAAGGUACAUUGACUAUGGAAAUACAGAGAUUCUAAAUCGCUCUGAAAUUGUUGAGAUUCCUUUGAAUCUACAGUUUCCUGAUGUAGCCAAAAAAUAUAGACUCUGGGGACUACAGAUUCCUUCUGGACAAGAAGUUACUCAGUUUGACCAGGGCAGAUCAUUUUUGGGGAGCUUGAUUUUUGAAAAGGAAAUAAAAAUGCGACAUAAAGCGACGUACCAAGAUGGUACCAUUGUUGCUCAGGCUGAGUAUGGUAACGUGGACAUUGGGGAAGAAGUGGCCAAGAAAGGGUUUGCGGAGAAAUGCAAACUGCCUUCCAACAAUAACAUUCCUGAGGAGAAGAAAACGGACCCUGGUCAGCUUGGCCUGGGCAACCUCAAGAGCCCUAUUCCCCUCUGGGGACAUAGGCCCAACCCAUCUGCAUUCACCAGGCCAAAGGGCCGCUUCAAUGGGCGAAUGGUUCCGGACCUCAAGACGAAAACUCUGGUCACAUUCCCAAAGGAAAGGUUAGCUGUUGGAGACUUUAAUUUGGGAUCCAAUGUUAGCCUGGAGAAGAUCAAACAGGACCAGAAACUGAUUGAAGAGAAUGAAAAGCUUAAAGCUGAGAAAGAGGUCCUCCUUGAGAAUUACAAAGAGCUGGAAAUGAAGGUGGAACAGGCUUCCCUGGAGCUGCAGCGAGCAAAAGCGACUUCCAUGGAACUGACUAAACAUUUGGAGAACACUCUGCAUACACACGUAGGGACGAGAAUGAAGAGUCUUGCUGCAAAAGUUGAAAUAUUAAAAGAAGUGAGACGAGUGAACAUCAAUGUUCGUUGUGGAGACGACCUCUCUGAUGCUGUCAAAGUGGUGGCCGAAGGUCACCUGGUCACUCCAUCUUCCUUAGACAAUCUGGAGAAGAUCUGGGAGGAGUACAACUUGGCUCAAGAGAAGAUUCAGAUUUGUCAAAAUGUGAAUGAAGGUGAUAUCUUGAUAGCCAAGAGAAAUGAGGUCCGACAGAAGCUAUAUACAGCUGUUGAAGUUUUCAUUGUUGAAGUGGAUGAAUUGUCCCUUAAUAAGCGCUUGAAAAUUUUGCAGGAAUUGUCUGCCUCCUUAGAAGCUGUGUAUGGGCAAACCAGAGAAGUGACAAAUGCUGAAGAAAUUCUGCAGAAGUUUUAUGAGUGGAAACAGGGCAAACGAGAGGAAUUCAACCGAGUCCGAACAGAGACAGAUGCUUCCCUGCAGCUUCUUGCUGAGUGGUUUAAUUCCACUAUAAAGUUUUUUGAUCUAAAUGAUGAAGAAUCUCUGAGUUCGGAAGAAGUAAUUGGCAACGUUGAUGAAAUAUUGGAGAAGAUUGAGUCUGAUGUUUGCAAAGAGCUGGAGAUCUCUCUUGUUGAGCAAGGUGAUACUGACAAGGAGAUCAUCUUAAAUACAUAUAAUGAAGUUCUACAGAAGAUUCGGUCAGAGGAAAGACUCAUCACUAUAGUACAAGCAAAAUACAAGGCCAGUAUUGAGUUUAAGAAGCAGAUUAUGGAAUGGUUAAAUAAAAGCCCCAAUGUGGAUGAUUUGCUUUCUAUUAAGAAGACUCUCAAAGGCUUAAAAGCUCAACUGAGAUGGAAACUGGUUGAAAAAAACAACUUGGAGGAGGCUGAUGACUGUGAUGAAUCUGAAAUCGAAAAAAUAAAAGAAGAAAUUACUCAGUUGCGUCAUCGUGUUUUUGAGAAAAUUUACCAUGAGCAGGAGGAAUAUGAGAAGCUAACUAGUUUGGUGCAGAAGUGGUUCCCUGAGCUACCUCUUCUUCACCCAGAAGCAGGAAUACUUAAAUACAUGAACUCUGGAGGAAUUUUGACUGUUAGCCUGGAACGGGACCUUUUGGACGCAGAGCCCAUGAAAGAGCUUAGCAGCAAGCGUCCGCUGGUGUGUUCUGAGGUGGAUGGGCAGAAGGUUCUUCUGAAGGGCUAUUCUGUCGAUACAGACACAGAGGCCACGGUGAUCCAGAGAGCUGCCCGCUACCACAAGGCUUGGAGAGAGACCAAAGAAGAGUCGGGAUUGUUGCCCUUGAUGUUCCUCUUUUUGUGUAAGUCUGAUCCUUUGGCUUAUCUGAUGGUCCCCUAUUACCCUAGGGCAAGUCUGGGGACUGUCCAGGCCAGCACUCCUUUGUCUACAGAAGAAGCUCUGAAGGUCAUGAAAGGUGUGGCGCAUGGACUUCACACACUGCAUAAAGCUAACAUCAUCCAUGGCUCCCUACAUCAUAACAACAUCUUCGUCUUGAACCGAGAACGAGGAAUUGUGGGAGAUUUUGACUUCACCAAAUCUGUGAGCCAGCGAACCGCUAUGAACUCCAUGUCAAUUGGUGGCUUGAACCUGAUGUCUCCAGAAUUGAAAGUGGGCCAGCCAGCUUCUCCAUCUUCAGACUUGUAUGCUUAUGGCUGUCUUUUGCUGUGGAUUUGUGUUCAAAAUCAAGAAUUUGAGAUCAAUGAGGAGGGAAUUCCAGAAGUAGAUAGACUUCAUCUGGAUGAUGAUGUCAAGACUCUGCUGUCCAGUUUAAUCUACUGUAGAAAUUCAAUGACUGCUGAGCAGGUCUUGAAUGCUGAGUGCUUCUUACUACCUAAGAUAACAUUAAUUGCAUACCCAGAAAAAAAUUCUGAGUGUGAAGAGAAGGGAGCGUUUGAAGAGGGGAACUUGGACAUGUAUGAUGAAAAGUCAAGAAACAGUGAAGACAGCUUUGACCAGUAA